CCAGUCGAUCAACUUCCAGGUACCACCAAGUCACAGAUUUGUAUAGCGAUUUCUUGCUGACGGGAGAUUCACCUUGGGAUAUUGACCUUCUAUGGACUUAUAAAAUGGCCUUGGAAUUACUGUGUCUCUCUCUUCUCUCUUCUUGAUAUGCCACUAUUGCUUACAUUUUCCAGCGCAAAGUAAUUUUUCACCAGAGCAAUCAACCCUCAUUCCUGACAUGGACACAGCAUUGGAUCUGUCCGAUGCCUCAAAAGCUCUAGAUUUGGACAACAUCCGCUUUCAAUUAAUACGACUCGAAGACACGAUCACCUUUCACCUCAUUGAACGAGUACAGUUUCCCCUCAAUGCCACCAUCUACGACCCUACCGCUCUGCCUAUACCUACCAUAAACCUUGCACUGCCUCCAGCCAUUUCUCUGCUAGACUACCUCCUCUCCGAGACCGAGCGUCUUCAUUCCACCAUCCGCCGAUAUGACGCUCCUGACGAAUAUGCUUUCUUCCCACAAGUCCUCCAGCGGCCAAUGCUCCAAGCCAUCAAAUACCCCAAAAUCCUCCAUGACAACGACGUCAAUGUCAACCAGAUCAUCAAGGAGAAGUAUAUAAACGAGGUGUUGCCUGAAGCCUGCCGCGAGUUCGGACGGGAGGACCGAGGCGAGACAAAAGAGAACUAUGGGAGCGCUGCCACAUGCGACGUUGCCUGUCUGCAAGCUUUGAGUCGGCGGAUUCACUUUGGCAAGUUUGUGGCUGAAAGCAAGUUUCAACAAGAGACCGAGAGGUUUGUGAAGCUCAUCAAGGCCGAAGACCGCGGAGGAAUUGAUGCGGCCAUCACCAACCAGAAGGUGGAGCAACAAGUCCUCGAGCGAUUACGGCUCAAGGCGAAGACUUAUGGCAAAGAUCCUUCUGCGGGCACAAACGGCGGAGUUGGCGGAGAAGAGAAGAUCAACGUGGAGGCAGUAGUGAAGAUGUAUGCCCAAGUUGUCAUUCCCCUGACCAAGGUCGUCGAGGUCGAGUAUCUCAUGCAGAGGCUCAAAGGGACCAAAUGGGAGUGAGGUUGCCAUACACCUGUUCUGGAUAGGUCCGCAUAGCUUACGCUUGAGGCUUCAAGUACUCAGCAACGUCUUGGACAGCAUCCUUGAACUUGUCGGCCGAGAUCAAAAUGGCAUGACCUUGAGGCUUGAUUCCAAGCUCUUGAAAUGCUCUUUUCGAAUCCGAAUGUCCCUCGUCUUGCUUGGUCGAAUAAUCGUACCCUCCGUGACAGACGGCGUGCCGAUGCAGAACCUCGUCCUCAGGGUGGAAAUACAUGGUCUCGAACGAUGUGCCUGCAGCCUUCUUCUUCUUCUUCGUGGGCCGAUUCUCUUCAGCAUCUAAUUUGGAGGCCACUUCGGUGUAGGUCUUGGAAAGAAUGAGAUAGUGCGAGAAGUUGUAUGGUUCUUUGUCAUCGAUGGCCCACUGAAUCUCUUCCAGUAACAUGCUGUACAUUGGAGGGACAACCUCGGAGGGGACAUUGAUCAGACGUUCUGUGAGAAUGAGGCCGAUCGAGGGGAUAGUAGGUUGCGAGAGG